CAUUGUCCUUGGGUUUUGUCGAUUUCAGGGAAGGAAGCGAGACGUUCGGCGGAUUGUCGGGGAUGCUACGUCAAAUACUUUCGCCAUCGCCCGAGACGGGGGAUACCGGUUUACCCGUCACUUGUACCUUGCUUCAGAACAACUCUAUGUUCUCCAAUCAGUCGCCGAUGAUGUCCUCGACGUACCAAACCGUUCCGUCCCACCUGUCGUCCAUUUGUUCCGAUCAAAUUCUCUUGGAUCACGUGCAGAUCGUUACCGAAUUCCAUCCGUGCCCCACCUGUGGCCUCGAGUUUCGAAGCGCGCUGAAACUGAAUUAUCAUAUAAGAACCAGUCAUCCGACUCUGCCGGAAUUCGAGCACAGUAUAGAAAACCCGAUGAGAUACUCGUGUACCAUUUGUUCACGGAGUUUCUUUGCUCUGAGUCACUUGAGGAUGCACGAGGUGACGCAUUCUGCGCCGGCAACCUCCUGCGCACCGAUUCCAACGAUAUCGACGUCGGUGAACGUUGAGAAGACGUUCGCCUGCGAUCGUUGCCAAGCCAGUUUCCGGUAUCGCACGCUCCUCGAGCGGCACAGAAGGAUGCACGAGGUCGGUCAGGAGAAGCCUUACUCCUGCCCUAGGUGCUUGAUGCGUUUCGAGACACGAAAUCUGUACAAUCAUCACGCGAAAACUCACAAGCCGAUCCUCACGGGCAACGAUAGAAUAACCGACACCGUAGUGUCUUCCGGUGAUCCGGUCACUAGCAGUAUUAGCGGUACCAUGACGUCGUCGAACGCGAAAUCGGUAGUCUCGUAUCCGUGCGAUUCGUGCUCGAAGCAAUUCGCGAGCAUCGAGUCCCUGACUACCCAUAAGGCUGUACAUAGAUCCAGACCGUUGGUGUGCGACGUCUGCGGCAAAGGUUUUACACAUCGCAAGUAUUACGUGGUGCAUCAACGUAUUCAUACGGGAGAAAGGCCAUAUCUCUGUGCCAUGUGUGGGAAGUCGUUUACUCAAGCAUCCACGCUUACCGUCCAUCGCCGAUAUCACACCGGAGAACGUCCUUACACGUGCACCUUGUGUGGUAAAGGAUUCGUUACCAGAACGAUCAUGCUAAAUCAUAUGAAAAAGCACUGA